AUGGCAGCGGCUCUUGCCAGCUCCCUGAUCCGGCAGAAGCGGCAGGCGAGAGAGAACAACACCGACCGAGUGUCAGCAACCAAGCGGAGGAGCAGCCCCAACAAAGCCAAGAAGUCCUUGUGUGAGAGACACGGCCUCGGGGUCUUCUCCAAAGUCAGGUUCUGUAGUGGCAAAAAGAGACCAGUCAGGAAGAGAGCAGUUUGCACAGACCCCCAGCUGAAAGGUAUAGUGACGAGGUUAUUCAGCCAGCAAGGCUUCUACCUACAGAUGCAACCUGAUGGAACCAUAGAUGGCACUAAGGACGAGAACAGUAACUACACCCUCUUCAACCUGAUUCCUGUGGGAUUGCGGGUGGUGGCGAUUCAAGGCGUGAAGUCUGGUCUCUAUGUGGCCAUGAACGGGGAAGGUCUCCUCUACAACUCAGAACUUUUCACGGCAGAGUGCAAGUUCAAAGAGUCGGUCUUUGAGAACUAUUAUGUCAUCUACUCCUCAACUCUAUACCGGCAGCAGGAGUCAGGUCGAGCCUGGUUCCUGGGACUCAACAAGGACGGCCAGGUCAUGAAGGGGAACCGAGUAAAGAAAACCAAGCCUUCCUCCCAUUUUCUACCAAAACCAAUCGAAGUUUGCAUGUAUAGAGAGCCAUCGCUGCAUGAAAUCGGGGACAAAGCUGGACGCUCACGGAAGAGUUCAGGAACGCCAACCAUGAAUGGAGGCAAGGUAGUCAACCAGGAAGAGUCCACAUAGCAGGAACAAGGCUCCAGGAAGCUGAAUCGGAUCCAUAUGCACAACUUACAAGAAUUAAACGAAAAAGAAUUUAAUUAGAAAGAACAAAAAAUCCACAUGUGAGGAUUUUUUGAACAUGCAAUCCUAUAGAUGAAUUGAUGAAGCCAUUGCCUGAAAGAACAAAGAAACAUUAAAUCAGGACUUGAUUUUCA